AUGUCACACCAGCCAUUAGGGAACUUUUCAGAGAGUUCCCACUCUCAGCCCGAGUCUGAAUCUGAACCUCAAUCCGAACCCAAGCCCGAAUCUGAGCCCAAGCCUGAAGUCUUCCAAACUUCGCAUUUUUACGAAGACGGAAAUAUAACUUUCGAUAUUAAGGGUUCAACUUUCAAAGUUCACAAAUCUAUUCUUGCCUUAUACUCCGAAGUAUUCAAGGAUAUGUUCGCCCUCUCUUGUGUUCAGCCAGCUGAAGGAAAGGACGAGCCUAUAACACUCGAUGACAAUCCCAAGGCCUUUGAUACGGUAUUAAACGCUAUCUACAAAGGCAUUGAAUUCAUUCGCGCGGCCGACAUUGUUCAGCUCAUGGAUGCGAUCGCGAUCACUCACAAAUACCAAAUGAUCCAGCUCGAAGGAUAUUUACAGGACCAUAUAAUCAAGACAAUACUCCCUGCUUCUGUUGCCGAUGGGAUACACGACUCUGGGUUCUGUCACUACGAUGAACACCCCAGUCUAGCUAUGAGCGUUUUGCGUUUUGGUGCAGAUGAACUCACCCCAUGGGCAUUCUAUACCGUGGGGGUACGGUUCUUUACCAAAAUAAAAAUAGACGAUAGUUCUACAUACGGGCCUCCGCCAACUUGGUUUGCAUUUGACCCCGAAUUUGCUUAUUCCUUCUUUGUUCUUCGACAAAUCAUCAGUGAUACCUUCGAAAACUGGGAAAAGAGAAUAAACGAUUUUUAUACCACAAGUUGCCCACGGUCCACCAAUUCCAAGUCGGCCACUACCAAGUGCGCUCGACAAACUGGCAGAUUUGAUCAAAGCUCCCCUCUUUACAUCCCGUCUGGUCGGAAAAACGUCGACCCCGUGAGGGAAAUGGCUCCCAAAAUAAAACGGCUUACCAAAAUGUUGACCGAUCAGAAGGAUGUGUUUCAUUCUGGCUGGUGUUCAAAGUGUAACACUGCUCUCAAAGAUGUUGCAUCGAAUGUUCUUGGUGGUAUCUAUCCACAUCUGGUUGACUGCGUAGCUCGGAUGGACCGAAUGAAGUUAAGGGAUGUUCCCGAUAUAUGA